CCCUACGGGAGCCGGGGUGGGCCAGAAAGCGUUCCGGUUUGGCGCUGCCGGGGCUGGAGGGAAUGAAUGGACGCUGAGGUGGGGCGCACCCGCUCCGGGGACCGGCCUUAGGCGAGUGAGCCGCCGCAGCAUGGAGGACGACGCGCCGGUGAUCUACGGCCUGGAGUUCCAGGCACGUGCUCUCACACCUCAAACGGCAGAAACAGAUGCCAUUCGGUUUCUGGUUGGGACGCAGUCUCUAAAAUAUGAUAAUCAGAUCCACAUCAUAGACUUUGAUGAUGAGAAUAACAUUAUAAAUAAAAAUGUGCUCCUCCAUCAAGCGGGUGAGAUCUGGCACAUUAGUGCCAGCCCUGCAGACAAGGGAGUGCUGGCCACCUGCUACAACAAGACUGCAGAUGGCAAAGUCGUGACGUGCGCCGCGGUGUGGAGGAUGCCAGCGGAGCUGGAGCCCGGCGGCCACGAGUCCCCGGAGGAUGCAGCGAGCCCUGCACACGCCCUGGAGUUGCUCUGUCACCUGGGCCCUGCGGCCCACGGCAGCACAGCCUGUGUCGCGUGGGAGCCCGCGGGAGACGGGAAGAGAGUCAUCUCGUUGGCUGACAACCACAUCCUGCUGUGGGAUUUGCAGGAAAGCUCCAGCCAGGCUGUGCUGGCCAGUUCGGCGUCCCUGGAAGGGAAGGGACAGCUGAAGUUCACCACGGGGCGGUGGAGCCCGCAUCACAACUGCACCCAGGUGGCCACGGCGAACGACACGGCUGUCCGAGGGUGGGACACGCGGACCAUGAGCCAAAUCUACUGCAUUGAGAGUGCACACGGUCAGCUGGUGCGGGACCUGGACUUCAACCCCAACAAGCAGUACUACCUGGCCAGCUGCGGGGAUGACUGCAGGGUGAAGUUCUGGGACACCCGCAACGUCACCGAGCCCGUCAAGACGCUGGAGGAGCACUCCCACUGGGUGUGGGGCGUCCGAUACAACCACUCGCACGACCAGCUCGUCCUCACGGGCAGCAGUGACAGCAGGGUCAUCCUUUCCAACAUGGUGUCCAUCUCCUCCGAGCCCUUCGGCCACCUGGUGGAUGACGACGACCUGAGCGAGCAAGAGGAGAGGUGUCAAGGCGAGGACCUCGGGCCCAGACCUGGCCCGGCCCCCCGCACUGCUUCCCCCGAGACGCUGGGCGCCGUGCGGGAAACCUCGCUGACUGUUCCCACGGCUUCACCAUGUUGGCUGAGAGCCAGGAGCCUCCCCAGGACAGCGUCAUUGCCACCUAUGAGGAGCACGAGGACAGCGUGUACGCCGUGGACUGGUCCUCAGCCGACCCCUGGCUCUUUGCCUCCCUGAGCUAUGACGGGAGGCUGGUCAUCAACAGGGUGCCCCGGGCGCUGAAGUACCACAUACUGCUCUGACCCGCCAGGCCGUCCUUGGGCAGCUUCCCAGCCGCAGGCAGCCGUGUGGCGGGUGUUGGCUUUCCAGGCGGAGCCCCGUCUGGGAGAGCCAGCAUCACUCUGCUCUGAUGCGAGCACCUGUGAAUAGUGACGGAGCAUCUGCCAGCCGACCACUGGCACCUGAAGCCUCCACUUGAUGGAAGCGGAAACACCGUCCCCAGACCGAGCUGGGGCUCCGCGGGCUGGCCUCUGCCUGGUCACUGCCUACUUCCUCUUCUUGCUUUUAAGGCUGUCGGGAGUCUCACUGUAAUUUGCUUCCAUAAUGUUGACUCAUCUUUCUCUCAAGAUUAAAAAUGAAAUAAAAGGAGCAGGGCCAUGCUG